AUGGAGAAAUGGGUUAAUGACCUUCAAUUUUUACAAAUUCCAGGACCAAAAGUGUUUGGUGAUGGGGGUUUACUUCCUUUGUUCAAACCAUUGGUGCAUCAUGGAUUCUACAACGUUUAUACAUCAGAAAGUGCACGAUCAAAGUUUAAUCAAGCGAGUGCUAGAGACCAGGUAAUUGAAGAAGUGAAAAGAUUGGUUGAAGAAUACAAAGACGACGAGGUCAGUAUAACAGUGGCUGGACAUAGCCUAGGUGCAUCACUUGCAACUCUAAAUGCAGUCGACAUAGCUUACAACGGAAUCAACAAAACAAGCAAUGGCAAGGAAUUUCCAGUGACAGCUUUUGUUUUCGCAAGUCCUAAAGUUGGAGAUCUCAAUUUUGUUAACGCAUUUAACAAAUUGAAACACCUUCACAUCAUGAGAAUUCAUAACUUAUUAGAUAUUGUACCAAAAUACCCACCCAUUGGGUAUUUCGACGUUGGACAGGAAAUAAUAAUUGACACGACAAAAUCCCCAUAUUUGAAAUUGAAUCCUGGGGACCCACACACUAGGCAUAAUUUGGAAGGUUACUUGCAUGGAAUUGAUGGUACUCAAGGAAUUGGACCUUUAGAUGGUUUUAAACUAGAAGUGAAUCGUGAUAUCGCACUAGUGAACAUGAUAUGGGAUAUCUUAAAAAAUGAAUAUUUGGUACGUGGAGCUUGGUGGGUCGAGAACCACAAUGGGAUGGUUCAACAAGAAGAUGGAAAAUGGAAUCUCAUGGAUCGCGAGGAGUAUCAGUUGUGA